UCCCCCACCCGCACUCGCUCGCGAACGCGGAAGUUGCAGUGACAGAAAUAAGACGAAAACAGGUAGAACGUCUCGUCCUUCAAAAAUUGCUUACUACUUUUCUUUUCUCUUUAAACAACACAUUUUAAACACUACAGGUUUGCCGUUUUAAACAGCACAGAGAUUUGUAAGCAUCUUUCAGACUCAUAUAAGAAAAUAUUGGCGUUUUAGCGAAAGUGAAACUACAGCACUAGUCUAACAUGGCAGACAGUGACGAGGACAUCACAGACAGACCAUCUCUUCUCGAAUCAGACUUAACGUGUCCUGUGUGUAAAGACAUUUUUAGGGAACCCGUCUUGCUUUCGUGUAGCCACAGUUUCUGUCGGCAAUGUCUGGAGAGCAGCUGGAAGAACCAGACGAAAAAGCAAUGUCCGUUGUGCCGAAAAUGCUGCGACGGAGAGACACCGAUCCCUAACCGAGCACUGGACAACACUUGCGUAUCCUAUAAAAAGGAGAGGAACUGGAGAACAGGAGGUCCUGUCGAUGAGAUCAUCUGUGGUUUGCACCAGCGCCCAUUCCAGCUCUUCUGCAUUAAAGACGAGGAACCUGUGUGCGUGGACUGCGUGACGCUUCACCCAGGACACGAGCUGGUGCCGAUAGAUCAGGGAGUGCCUUUCUGCAGGGAUGAGCUUAACAUGAAAAUAAAAAUACUGGAAAGUAAGCAGGACUCUUUCAAAAGAAUGAAAAAAAGAUAUAGAGACACAGUCUCCUUUAUUGAGGGCCAGACUAAAGAGGCAGAAGCGCAAAUUAAGCAGGAGUUUGAGAGACUCCGUCAGGUCUUAGCUGAUGAGGAGACAUCUAGAAUUAAUGCUUUGCAUAGAGAAGGAGAAGAGAAGAAGCUGAUGAUGAAUGGGAGUAUUGAAAGCAUCACUCGUGAUAUUUCAGCUCUUGGAGAUUUGAUUCAAACAGUAAAGAGGGAAAUGGGAGCCGAGGAAUUGACUUUCCUUCAGAACUUCCAGAAGCUAAAAAGACGAACCCAGUGGACUGGUGAUGAACCAAAGAAGGUUGAAGGAGCUCUCAUUAACAUGGCCAAGCAUGUAGGCGCUUUGGGUUACAAAAUCUGGGAAAAUAUGCAAUCUCAUAUCACAUGUUUGCCUGUAAUCCUGGAUCCCAACACAGUCUCGCCUUGGCUCUCUAUAUCUCCUGAUUUUUCCAGUGUGCAAGAGAGUCAGGAGAGGCAGUCUUUCCCAGACAACCCUGAGAGGUUCGAUCCCUGUGUUUUUGUUCUUGGUUCAGAAGGUUUCUCCUCAGGGCGCCACCGUUGGGAGGUCCGAGUGGCUGACCAUCCCAAAUGGAUUUUGGGAGUGUGCAAGGAGUCAGUAGUUCGGAAGAGGAAGUUCACAGUGACAACAAAAGCUGGAGUGUGGACCAUUGGUCUGAGUAAAGGGGUAUACAAUGCUCUGACCACUCCACGCACUGUGCUGAAUCUAGAAAGAAGGCCCGAAACCAUCAGAGUAAAGGUCAAUAUGGAGAAGGGAGAAGUGUCGUUCUGGGAUACAGGCAACAACAAGCACCUAUGCACGUAUAAUGAUAAGUUCACUGAAAAGCUGUUUCCCAUCUUUGGCCCUGGGCUCCAGAGCACACCCAUCACUAUUUUGCCUGCUAAAGUGAGCAUAAACAAACAAUAAGUAAACGCUAACAUAUAAGCCUGGUAAAACUCAUCUAAUGUUGAUGUACAAUUUUAAUUCUAUUGAAAUUUUGUAUCCAGUACAAGAUGAGCCAAGCAACAGCAUUGUGGUAUUAUGUUUUAAUGAUUACCACAGAAAUGCAUUGCACCAUGAUUCUCCCCUUAUCUUUUAUUUCUGAAUUGCAGUAAGAAUCUAACAACAUAAACUUUAAAGCACUGUUUCAAUUGUAUAGCCACAAGACAUAAACAAUAUGUGCUAACAUGAUUUCAGAGUGGGAAAAAUGACUAACAUUUUCUGUAAUAUCCAAUUUUACAGUUUCGUCAAUCUGAGGAAAUGAAUACAAAAACCUAUUUAACCACUGCAAAAAUGAUGAUUAAUCAGCUUUACAGCUCAAAUAAUACACACAUUUUAAAAGUAUAAUUAAUGUUAGCACGUUUAAAAAAGUGUAAGUUUCACAUUUAUGCUUUUAAAUCCUUCAAAAACUGGACCCGGUCCCUUCCAUUAUAAGUGCAGCACCAUAACCUGAUCCUUGAUUGUUGCUGCUUCUUCUUUUUUUGUGAGCGAAACUUUUACUAAUCUUGGAAAACUCCUUUAAAUGGAAAUUUAAUGGAAAAUAUGCUUUUAUAUUAUGCAAACAUUAAGCUUGCAUCAUCAUUUUUCAUGUAAUUGAAAUAACUAGCAGGACUUUUAGGCUGAUUUAGCCCUUGCUGCUGGAACGGUGGGUGCAUUAAAACUCAUUCAGUCAUCAAUUUGCUUUUCCCAUUUUAUUGUGCUUCCCAUGUAGGAGUAGACAUUUUUAGGUUGGUUCCUAAACCCAUAAACAACAUAGAAACUUACACACAUUUGCGCAUCAAAACCAUACAUCUGAAAUCAACUGUAACAGAUCAAAAUGUAUAACACCAAAGAGAAAAUAUACAUAACCAGAAUUCAAUGUAACAUCAACACAAUCCCUUUAACUACACAAAACCAGUCUCUUACAUAAAAACAAGCUGAGAAUGAAGCAUGAUUAGCUAGUGACAACAGGUGAUCUCAUCAAGACUCAAUUAGCCAAUCAGAUCACAGCAGGAUUUUCUAGAUAAUAUUUGUGGGAUUUACUAAAUGUCACCAAAAAUAAGAAUGGCAUCUUUAUUGCUGUAGAAAUACUGUUGAUCAUUAAGUAGAGAAAUAGAUUUUGAUCAACUUUAAAUCUUACAAUUAACCCUUCUACUGUUAAAUGACAAUAGUCAACAUUUAAUCAGCUACAUUGUUAUUUGAACUUAUAUGAAACGGUGUUGCAUUGAUGGUCAUGUGACUCAAGAACAAGCCUUUUCUCUAUUUUUUUUAUUAUUAUUAAAUAUAAUUUACAAUAACUCUUUCCGUUUUUAUUUGCCACUCAAUUGUGUCAGCUAUAUGUUUAUUUAAAUAUAUGCAGUAUAGUGUUUGAUAUCAGCAGGUGGAAGUUAAAGAAAUUGGAUUAAACAACAAUAAAUGAUCUCACUUAUCAGAAUGAA